AUCCGCAGCCGGCGGUUUUUUCGGAGUCGGCGGCGCGCUAAAAAAGCCCCCUUGUUUUUUUCGUUGCGCUUCCCGAGCGGCGCCCGGAUACAUUUUAUACUUCUUUCGUUCUUCGCUCGAUCGUCUCUUCCAAGUGUUCAUCCGCGGUGACCUGUUGGUUUUGAGUUCGUCUCGAAUUUGGGAAUCGACGAAACAGUGCGCGUUUGAAAACGACCGGGAGAGAAGGAAACAGGAAGGGGGGGCAGCUUCAAGCCGAGAGAGUGUGUGUUUGUGCGCGUGGUGUCCUGUGUUGUUGUUGUUGUCGCUUCACCGGGAAACGACUGCCGUACGACUCGACCCAAGAGGAGGGAGAGAGCCCGACUAAACCCGGACCCGAUGCUGGAAGAAAACUUGUGACGGCGACGUAACUUCGACAGGAGAAGCCAAGUUCUUGUGUUUGAAUUGGUGGCUGCAAAGCUAGGACGCUGAGAAGCAGACUGUGUGAGUCGGCAAAGUCCAGGAAUGCCUUCGACGCGGCCUCAGUGAAUCCACUCGCAGCCGCACCUCGAGCGAGGUAGCGAGGUUUGAAUCCAGUAGCCGCUAUGGCUUGCGACACGAGGCACGACCGCUCGGCUCCCUACGCUCGGUGGUCGUGCGUUGCAGGCUGACGCUUGCCUGCCUUACAGUCGCUGCGAAGGAUUUAGAAAGUAAAAAAGUGUACGUGUGACAGCCGCAAUCGAAGUGUGUUUUGAAACCCGGUCACUUUCCUUUUUGUUAUUUUUUUUUUAAGUUUCCCCGAGCAACCCGUGGGUCUGGAAGUGUGUUGUGCGCCAUUGCACCGUGCGAAGAAGAAAUCUGCGCGUCGCGACUUUGGCAAACUCCACACCGACAACUUAAUUUUUUUUUUCGGGAUUUCGAGGCUUCUGUGAGAAACGGACGCCCCAGCGGAAGAGGUCGGUUCUCGGGGUGCGAGACAACCCGAACCGGCGACCGCCUCGGACCGUCAUCACCAUGCCUUGGAUCCUGCUGUUCUUCGUGUUGGCGAUUAUUGAAGCACUACCGGUGGAUGUAUCCUGCGUACGGCUGGCGGAUAUUUACUGGAAUGCCACGAAUCCAAUCUUCCGCAUUGACAACACGGACCACAUCAUCGACGUGAACAAGGGCAACAUCCCGUUCGAGUACGACCAGGUGAACAUCAUCUGCCCCGUCUACCGCACGGGAACCCAGGAGGAGGACGUCGAGCAGUACAUCAUCUACAACGUGUCCAAGGAAGAGUACGAUUCGUGCCGCAUCACGAACCCGACGCCGCGCAUCAUCGCUGUCUGCGACAAGCCCCACCAGUUAAUGUACUUCACGAUCACCUUCCGCUCCUUCACGCCCCAGCCGGGGGGGCUCGAGUUCAGACCCGGACAGGACUAUUACUUCAUCUCGACCUCGACGGGAAGUGCAGAGGGCCUGCACCAGCGCAUCGGCGGACGAUGCGCCACCCACAACAUGAAGGUCAUCUUCAAGGUCUGCUGCGACCCCAGCAAGAGCACGACGGCAUCCCGGCCGCGCUCAACGACGACAAGCACGGCGCUGCCGCCGGUCGUGCCGUCCUCAGUUCCCCGCGACGAGCUGCCCUCGGAUCGGCGGCGGCCGUGGGCGACCAACGCGACGCGUCCGGCGCUGCCCGCUGGGCCGGCGGCCCGACCGCGGGCCCCGUGGCUGCCGCCCACGGCAGUGCCUGAGGAGUCUCCGCUGCCUCCUCCGCGGCGGUGGCCCGUGUUCCCACCUCGACCGCCGCCGCAUAGGCCCAUCAAGACGUACGACGUGCCCGUGGCGGAUGGCAAGCAGUCUUCCAAGAAGACCACAGAAAACCGAGACAAGCUGCCAAACGAAACGAGAGCCAAGAACGAGGAGCUUGUGAACAGGGCCUCGUCACUGGUCUCAGUACGGUGGGCUGUUCCACUGACCACACUGCUGGCUGUGCACUUCAAUGUUAUCCUGACAAGAACAAGAUGAAACAGUCGCCACCUUGCGUCGCUGUCCACACCACGUUGUGAAUGUUUAGAUCAACCAUCUGCUCAGCCACUGCCACUAAUGGACAAAAUUAGUGAGCUGGCAGACUAGCAGACAACAGCAGUCACCUGGUUACAAGUGGCAUGUGCUGCUGAAUGCUGCAUUGUCCACAUUGUGUGCUGUGCACCGAGAAGACUGUUCUGUUUCGAACGUUCUUUAUUGUGUUAGGUUGAAACGUCUGCACCCGUGAUUGCGCUUUCAUGGCGCUGUGGGACUACAGGCUAGGACUUUCAAGCACUGAAGUACCAUCUAUGGUCGUCGACAUCAUCUGGUCAAUGUGUUUUCUUGUGUUUAUGGGAACAAGAGUGGUGGCACGCCUGCGUGGAUGCCAGUGUUGUGUGCAGUGUGAUGCGCCGAACAUUUUCAGACUGGUCUUUGGCAACUUGACAGUGUUGUGUCCUGUGCUGGCAGACGGCGACACCUGUGACCCCAGAACAGUGGUGUUCUCCCUGCGGCGCCCUCUACUUAGUGGCCAUUUCAUGUCUUGUCUAAGGAAAAAUUGACUUCUGAUUUGUUUUUAUUCCUUUCUCUUUUCCUUUUCCCUGUCGCGGCCUAUGUAUCUGGCAGGUCUGUCAGCACUUUAUCUCGCUCUGCUGAUUCUGGGUUGUGACCCACAAUGCCUAAACGUGUUCUGCGGGCGAUUGUGCUACUGCAGUACUCGUUUUGCCUUGUCGACUUUGGGAGGAGCAAAAGAGGUCUUCAGUGCAUGCCCGUCCAAGCCAGCGGAUGGCGGCUUCAAAACUGAGAUGGCAUUUCAUUCCUGUGUGGAAAAGCAAAAGUGGAGUCGCUAGCGUGGAGCACCGUCUCACAAUUUCCAGUGGCAGUUAGCACUUGGUGUCAAUUUUUGGUAUACAUCUGCACAUAGUGAAACUCGUGUUAGUGAACUGAGUGAGUGAGAAAGACUAUCGCAUUCAUAAUUUGUUUUAUACUUCAAGAAGGGCGUGAAUGCUGAACGGUAAGCUAAAUGGAUUAAGUCCGAAAGCAGUUAUUGAAGAAGGCAUAAAGCUAAGUUAGUGACUUUUGGAAGGUGCCAGCUCUAAACUGUAUGAUGUAAAGUUACAAUGCAUUUAAGGCGCAAGGUUUGCAGGUUAGGAAAAAGGGCAAAAUUUUUCUGCUUAGAUAAAAUGAAGCACCAAAGUUGCAGGGAGCAGAGUUUUCAGUUUACAGUGUUUCGUGCUACAUGCAUCUCUAUGCCAACCUUCAUGCCCCUGUCACUGCACUUUACUGUUGGGCAGGAGUUCUGUAUGUACAUUACAGCCUCAAAAUCGGGCACUUUCGCACAACUGAUUUCAUACCUGCUUGAAACGACUUGUGUAGCGUGCAUUGUUUGCAUGACUAGUUCAUAGGUUGCCUGAAGACAGAGCUCUACUGACGCGAUGCUGCGUGUGCUAUAACAUAGAAUCUCUAUGAAAGUGGACCAUUCUUGUGUUAAUCUUUGAAGUGCAGUGCCAAAAGUAGUCGUAGUGGACUACUGGUAGCUAGCCAGUAAUCGCAUUUUACAGAAAGUGCAUAUUUUUCAUGUUUGCAAAGUGCCUUACACGCAUUGAAAUGGCAGCACCAGUAGCAGCAGAGCUUUUUGACUUAGAUGGUCCUAUUGGCUUUCAUAACAAUAUUUAUUUUUUUCUGGCGAGAUGGGGUCUCUGACAGCGCCACCAGCUGUGCAUUUAGAUUUCAUCCCAGCUAAAUAAUUUGUCUGAUUGUAAAGAGUUCAAGGUAGGAUCACGCAGCCUAUUGGGUAGGUUUUUGAAAUGGUGGCUAAUGUAUUCAUGCUACACUUGAUCAACCUGACUUUCCUAUUCGAUCCUAUGUUGCUCUAUAAUAUUUGAUUACAAGUUACAAGAUGUUCAAGAAGAUACCACCUUAGGAGUACUCUCUUAUUUUAUUUCGUGAAUCUAAAUAUUGGAAAUGGAAUUUUUAGGGAUGUAGCAGCUGUCACUUCUUGCCAACCCUUCCCUCUUAAAUUGUCCUUUCCUCAGCCUGGAAAACGAUACACUUCACAUGAAGAGGCAAGCAAGCCUUUUCCAUUCCUCAUAUUUGUGUACUGUCACUGGCUACAGUUAAUGCAUGUUCACCACAUAGUAUUGCUGAAAUGUGGCUUAACUGUGCUUCGUGGACCACCACUGACUGCUUGGUGAAGUUGUGUAAAUGCACUGUGUAGGUUAGGUAGGCAAACCUUGGUGAUCUUUUAAGGUGUUUCCCUGUCUACAGAUGCACUGACUGAGAAACUCUGCUCCCUAAACUGUUGGGCCAUCACUUAUAAGUCACAAUGCGUGGUUGAUAAAGAUAAAAACUGAAGAUAAAGAGAUUCAGCAAGAUCGUCCUUAUGACGAUUGUUUUAAUUUCCAGCACAACAUUCACUUGGGUAGCCCUCAUUUGAAGUAUGUCUGAUUUCAGUAGUAUCUGGCAUCACUUGGAUGCAAUUGCCUGAACAUUUAAGCACUAAUGUUCAGGGCACGUGAGCUGCAAUCGUGUGUUACAUAAAACUUUGAGGCAAAAAUAAGCUUGCACCUAGUCAGUGGCUUUUCGGCAUUCAUGUGUGGCAUGUCAUGUAACAUGGCACACAGCGGUUUGCAGGCAUGAAAUUUCAUUAAAUAUGGCAGUUCUUAUGGGAAUGGUAUACUUGCUCUUUACCAAACUACUUACAUUACUGUAGGUAUUUCCCCUAAACAAUCAAUGGAAAUGUGUGAAAGCUCUUGGCAUACUACUAUUUGCAUAUUUCACGCCUGCCAUUGAUUAGUAGUUUUUGCAGUUGCAAAUUCACAUUUUAAGUAACCUCUGCUACAUCUGCACUUGCAGUGAUGUUGGCAGUUAUAUUUUAGCAACCAUGCAACAUAGCCAAAUUCAAUCACAGUCUUGGUUCUAAGAAGCUCUUUAAGAAUUGGUGCUUGAACUAUUUGGGUUGGUCUGUCAGCUUUCAGUCUGUUAUGUGUAAACUAUCUCUUUCAGAGAGAUGAGCACAUGUAACCAUGGUAGUAUGACUUUGUGCAAGUUUGUGAUUGCACAUAACAGUCUGCUCCGUCGUGACUUCUUUUCUAGGAAUGAACAGCAGGACAUGCCAGCUCAAUCUGAUUUAUUAGUAAUCAAGUUCUGACUAAACUGGUGAUUUUUUUAUGCCAUUAAUGUGACACCGUUUUUGUUUUCUAAAAGCCAAAUACAUUAGCAGCCAUGCUUUUCUGGAGUUUCGUUUCUUAGUAAGAUGAACUUGAGUGGGGGGGAAAAGCUAGUGUGGUGAUUUUGCCCUGAGAUCCUUGUGCGAUGUUAAUAUAUUCAUUUUGAAACUUUCCCGUGUUCCUUGCGCCUUGGGAACACCUGUGCCAGCGUGCUUUUGAGUGUACUGUGUGUGCAGAGAGAAGUGAAUGUGUAUGUGUGUAUGACUGAGUGGCAGCUUCCUCCAGAUCUCGAUGCGGCAAGCUUCACUGUGGCCACUUCUGCUAAAGCCAUGUUGCUAGUUUGUUGAGAGUCUUGUGAAGUUCCUGGUAUUUCCCUUUAGGGAAACAGGUAUGCACUGACAUGCUAGCAAUCUCUUAAAUGGAAUAAUUUUUUUACAGAAUAUAGAUGUCUUUCUGCAGGAAGAGACAUGAUGAAUAACCGAAAGCUUUGAAGUUGCAUUCUGUAUUGGUAUUAGUUAUCAAUACGAGGCUGUAUCUUUUACUUUGUGCACAAAUGCUGUUGCUGAAAGUAUGUGUAAGACUGUCAUCUCAAUACGGGGCUUAAAAGCUUGACACUUUCCCUGUGUCAUUUAUGUAAGGAUUCACUGAAUGGAAAUUCUACCUUGAACAUCUAACUGUGCAAGUGAAGCAGCCAUUCCGUGCGUGUUGCUGCUUUUUAAAGCAGCUGUUGUGAGGUUUGUUACAGUUUCUGAGUGUUUAGUCUCUUCUGCUUAUACAUGCUUUGGUGAGUGCUACACCGCAAGUACUAGUGCCCCACAGUGAAGCAUGCCGUACUCGUUCUUUCACCAUCAGCAAAUGAGGGGUGAGAAAGUUGAGCUUUGUUGAUGGUGCGUUUGUGUCAGCACGAGUGUUGGUUAUAUAAUUGUAUAAAAACAAGAACAGAGUAUGACACUAGCAUAUGACAUUGUCAGCGAUACGCUCCAUCUGAAAGUGUAUCUAGGAAUACGUUUUUUAAUUUAAUAUAUCUUCUUUCUUUUUCAACUUGCGCAUGUUCUCUCGCAGAAGAUAUGGUUUGUCUCGCUGGACUUCUUCUUUUUUUUUUUUUUGUCCUGCCAACCUUUCAUUUCCUUACUUGUAGUCAAGGUUGUUGUUUUUGCAUUCAAGACCGAGUCGUCUGAGCCAAAUGAAUUGAUGGAAGCAGUCAUAUGUUUAGGUACUGUUCAAAUAAUUCCUUGUGGUUUCAACGUGACAGCGCUGUGUGAACUGUAGAUUUUGGGACCAGAUUCGUUAACGUUAAAUGCACCGUUUGUGUUCUGCCACUGUGUUAGGCAGAAGCUUCUAUGUACGUGGGUUUGCCUGGAAUUCAGACAGUGCAUUGACAAUUAUUAUCACGAGUACACUGAAUUUAUAGUAUGUGUUUCUGUCUGAGUACUGGAGAACAACCAUUUUACAUGGUAGUCAAAUUGACAUCUGUGUGGAAAACUUUGAAGACUGAACUUAUUGUUCUCACGAAACAUUUUACUUCUGUUUCAUCAAAAUAUGCAAUGGUUUAGAUACUUAAUUUUCAUCUUGGUUUCACAGCAUGUUACCAUUACACGGCUAGCCUAAUGCUGGCCAUUCUACGGUACUUGAUUUCUUAUUUCAUUAUUGGACGAGUUAUUGGAAAUAACUAGAACUAUAAUUACCUGUAAAGCCAGGUAUCUGUUGUAAGCCAGAGCACACAGCUAGAAUGCAUCCUUAUCUAAAUCUGCUGGCACUGUUUCGUCUAAAGCCAGCUGCUAUUCUCAGUAAGGCUCAAAGUCCUUCCUUCAGUAAUAUGAUUGUGGCUUCCUGACCCUUUCAAAUUAUGGCAUCGUACAACUUUGAAGAGCAUUCUAUCAACAUUUAUACUACGUUUUAGUGGCUUGAAUAUCCCGGCUCUAUUUAUUUCUCUUGGCUGUUACCUGCGGUGCAUUCUUAUUUAUACAGCUUGAACAAGGGCUUUAUGUACAGCAGAUACUCUCCUUUGCGCAUCUGAGAGCUCCAAUUUCUUUGCUAGUACUUGCUAUUUCGAUUCGUGGAAAAAAGAAAAUACAAAACCCUCGACAGUUUCUGUACACUUCAUCCUUGAUCAUGUUAUUUUGUGGCACAGUAAAAUAAUGAAAAAAAAACUGUUCAAAUCGAAAGUUAGUGAAUAGGAACAGUCCCGACCACGCCUAAACUUUCGGUUUCGAUGCCAGACCGCCUAGCAUCUCAAUCGUCCCCGACCGGAGGUCAGCUACUAUGUAUCCGCUACCACCAACAGCGGGUAGUGUUAUUGGCGCGGCAGCGAAGCAGUGCCAGGCACAAUACUCGCCGUGCUCUUACGGACACAGUGACUGUGACGUCAUCGUGGCCGCCAUAUUGGUGUACCACAGUCAAACCGAAAGGUUGCGAGCGAGCUUUUGUUUAUCACGCAACAGCGUCACGUGGUUCUGUGACGGCACGUUACGUCAUCUGCGUCCGGCGUGGUACGAAGCACCCGAUUAGCCGCGCACUGUUCCACUGCACCUUAUACGGCAUGGCAGGCGGAUCGAAAGAGCGGGAGUGGUCUACUGCGCAUUUUAGUUACUCGGUUUCUCUCACUUCCCGACAACUGUACAGAAAUGGCAAAGAGUGUGUACAGCAGGUGCGCUGAUCAUGUGAGCUUUAAACCCGCUGCACGCAUGGAGGCGGGUGAAGAAAGGGUUUCUUUUUUUGUGCCGUGCACGGAAAGAGAGAUUGUGACACGCGUUUAAGACGCACUGCACGUUGCUUGGUUUUGACGUGUCUGAAAAAGUGGCUGCGCGCCAGUCUGCGUGGUCGCUUUUUUUUUUUUUUUUGCAAAUUCCUCGUGUGAUACCGACUUUUUUUCUUUUGUUUGUUUGUAUAAGCACAAACUAAUAAGGAAGAUGUUAAUAAAGCUUUUUUUCCUGGUGAAA